GUUGUUUAAUAAGCAGUUAAACAUUAAUUCUAACUUGUUCUGUUGCGUACAAUGCAUUCUGUAAAUCUCCUCUCUAUCGUCUGUGUUAUGACUAGUUCUGAAAACUUGUUCGGUACAAGUAGACAAACCUCAUUAAUUGUUCGAAAGAUAAUGGGAAAUGACUUGAAUAUGAUGCAAUACACGGAGGGUCGCAUGUAUCGUCCGGACAUGUUCCUGUAGAAUCGCGCCCUUCUUAUUUGCUUAGGGUAAGCUGAACUGUUCUUCCAGCUGUUCAACGUUUUCUUUAACAAAUGCUACAGUUGAAUAGCAAACAUACACAGCCAUGGCAGUAAAGACAAAAGGGGUUCCUAAAACACUGCGAUUACAAGGGUCCACGUCUGGAAGCACGUGUUUAGAAGGGUAUGAUAUAUCAAGGUUAUCCACUUUGCUAUUUACUUUCACAUUCAAACUAAUUCCUUUGUACACGUGUGUGAGUCACGGUCUUGUUCUAGUUCCAACAAAACAAUAUUGACUUGUACUUCACUUGUUCUCCACCUCAGGUAAAAUACUUCAUGCUUUCAAACAGCCCGUUGAAGAGGUGUGGAUGCACCUCCUUUUUAUUCACACACCUCCUCCAUCAGCAUUCAAGUUAUUAUAACCUGAAGAAAUCUGAAAUGGGUCAGGCGGAUGUUGACUUUGUAAUGUUGAUGCUAACAAACCAACGGCAGGCUUUAACAGCAUACAGAGUAAAGGCUAGGUCCGUAGCCCAAUUUACAUCUGUACAGAUGAAUCAACUAGGCCUGUUUUACACUUGGCUGUGUUUUGCAGUAUAUCAGAUACUAGACACCGAAAAAGAUCUGUGUUGGAAGACACACCCAAAUGUUUAGAUAACCAAUCCCAAAAUGUACAUUGAUACACCGAAAGGAGAAUUAAAAACUUUGUCAAAUGUGAUCAACUGGUUUUUCAUAGUUUUUUAAAAUAUAUAUUGCAUAAAUAUUUUAGAAUAAGGUUUUAGACAUGUUUUUCAAAGCAAGUCCCCCUGUAUAAACAAGCGUGGCGACCCGCUAUGGCUUUAAUGACAACCACCACGCUUUCAGAAAAUGUGUUGGUGGGGAAAGUGUCAAGGGAAAAUAUCAAAAGCCACAGAUUCAAAUAAUCUUGGCGGAAACCUGAGUAGCCUUUGCUUUUUAGAAAAAAACAAUAUGAGCACAACAAUGUUUUUCAUUUAUAGUUGGCCUUCAAAUGAAACUUGCUUUCCAAAAGACUAAUGUGCACUAAAGUAGAUAAAACCACAACAGUAUUUCACUGAACACAAGUCAUAAUAAUUCUCCAAUAUGACCAGUACAAAAUGAUACAGUCUGCAUAUAAACCCUUCUUCCUUCUAAGCAAGGAUUACAUAUUGAUAUGUUUUGUUCCCCAAUAUUUGGUGCUCACACUGUAGAUACAUUGUCAUAGUUUUAAAUAUUUUUUUAAUAACUACAACUCCUAGUUGCACUUUUCUCACAGACACAUUUUAAAGUCAGUUUAAUAUUUCGUAUUCUCACCAUCCCAACUAAACCUGUGUGGUGUAUCCUGUGUGUUAUAUUCAUUAUUACUUGUCUGCAAGUCACAGAGUUGAGCUACUCACACAUAUACACAUAGCUCGACACACAACAGUCGGCGCUUCUGACAGACUCAAAUAUUAAAGUGAGCUCAAUCUGGGAGCAGAUCCUGCUGUUACUGUCCGAACAGAUUAUACAUGAUCAGUUCUCCAGAUGUGAGAACCUCUCCUGAGUGAUUUACUUAUCACCGAAAUGGAGCUUUACUGGUAUAUAGUUGUUAUAAUAUUUAUUAUCAUCAAGAUCUUCUUUUACGUGUGCUGGUAUCGGUCCAGACAGCGGCAGCUGGCGGCUUACCUGAGCAACCCACGCAAUGCACAGAUCGUCAUUGUUGGAGGAAGGGCCUACCUCCAUCAGAUGUGUGAGAGGCAGAGCCAAACCUCCGUCUGGCCAAGUUGGUAUGGAGUUCAAGACGAUGUGUCAAUUGAAGAACCUUCAGCAAAUCUGCCGCCGGCCGCGUCCUUCAGCCAGCUGGACAUGCCUCCACCGUACGAGGCCGUCUCGGGAGAGGACGACCUGAAGCCGCCCCCCUACAGCGAGUGUGCCUACGGCGACGAGUCAGACGCGGCCCACCCAUCACACGACACACCUCUCAUUACCAAUGAAGGCGACUCCACAAGUGUAAACGAAGCCCCGCCUCCUUACACACCAUCCUCUUCUACACUGGAGUAUCAACAAGAGGUCCCAGCCAGCUCCUGCCAGAAUCCGUCAGAGGCCAGACCCACCCAAUGAAACCCUCAGACCAGUUUGCCUUUUCCCCACAUACUGCCUUCCUACAUAUAACCUCUGUAAUCGGUGCCAGCCUAUCUAUGGCCUCACGUGACCAGAUGUUCAUGUGAAGCCAGAGUGUGUGUGUGUGUGUGCGUGCGUGUGUGCGCGAUGCUUUUUUCUACUUUCUAUUGUGUCCAAGAGCUGAUGACGUCUGUUUAGAACCAGCCCCGCGGCUUCAUAUAAUCGAUGCGAGAAUGGCUUUUGAAUUCCCUUCCUUCACAGAGCAGCAAUUGUUGACUUUGAAAGCGCAGUUGUGGCUUGUCCUGAAAAAUGAAUCAGCGGUCAUGAGCAACAGAAGUGCAGCAGCCAUUAUUCAUCAUGAUGCGCAUGUGACAGCACCAAUUUAACAGCUUAUUCCACAGCUGUUUUGGGUUCAACCUCGGGUGUGUAAUAGACUGUCACAUUAAAAAUAUGAUGACAAAAAAAGCCAGCCACACUUCUUGUGACAUUUUCAGUCAAAAUGUUGGUGGAAAAAGUGGAUUUUAUUUGUGAAAGACAGCGUCAAUAUUCAUGAUGAACUCCAGUGAAUAUCCAAUGUGUCUGUGCUGUGAUGGUAAAAUCCAUAAUCUGUUGCACAGUUGUAGCAAAAUGAAAUUGAAAACCAAGAAGUUGCUGAUAUAUCUCCCCACAAGUUCUCCUGCUUCAUACACUUGCCAUUCCCACUCUCUUGUGGUCUUUGCCCUCAAGGUGGCUCUGUGCCGGGACUGUUUGGGCUGCAGACGUGAAUGGAAUUCCUGUGGACGAGCCUCAAGAUCUGAUUUUAUUCACAAUAUUUCCAGAAAGGAAAUCUGUGCCAAUGAAUCUGUCCUUUUCUCCCAAGGGUUACUGCCAAUGUCUCUGUCCUGGAACGCAUGACUGUUACGUAGCUUCGGUGCCGACUCUGAUGUAAUCAGAUUUAUGUUUGCGAGUUUGAAGCUGGGCUGCAUUGAGGCGAGGUCACAGGGCUAUAAUCUUCUUACGGUUUCAAUAACUUCAUGCAACUAACCAAAACAGCAUCGUGUCCAUGUGGUAUGUUCAUCCAGCUGAAUUAGACCAAUAAAUGGUGGUGGAGAUAGGGGUCACGAUCUUUCAGAUACCCUAUAUAACUCACUGUAAAAGAGAAGCUCCACUCCUGUUAGUAAAGAUUGUGUACAGUUUCUAAACAUGGAGAAAGAAAUUCAGGUUGAUGUGUUAAUGGUGAUCCUUGGUAUUGUGAUGACAAAUCGUGGCCUUUUUACCAAGUAUAUCCUGUGAGUCUACAAUCGAAGGAGACGAGGCCGCAGUUGUAGCGUCCCAUUUCAGUCUCACAUAUAACAGCAGUUCCACUUCCAGUGUUGCAGGGUGGCCCUGCACUAGUCUGUUCAUUCCAAAAUGGUGGACUCACAUAUCACGUAUUUCCAGGUCGUAUUGUUGUGAAUUAACGGGGAACUUGACUUUUCUUACUUCUUACUUUUUUUUUCCUGAUGUAGGGCAAACAUGUCUACUGUAUUAAACUUUUGUUCAUAUUCCUGCGAGUUAUGUGCGAUUCUGUCUUCCUGAAAUGUUAUAUUUCGUAGACAUGAUGAAAUAAAGGUGCAGAAUGUUUAGUUGAAUGUUUUAAUCAUGGGACACAUUGAUCUUUAGUGCCAAUGUAAAUAACUUGCGUCACACCGGGUGCUCAUCAUUGGAGCAUAAAGGCUGUGUGUGUUGGUGUUGCACCCGCUGCUGAAGUAGGUGGACAUUUACAACUGUUUCAAUUGGUCAUGUAUCAUUAGCAUUGUUUAACGGUUACUGUUUACAUGAAUGGAAAUAGACAUGCAGCAUUUGUAGG